UUAUUUUCCGAUUGGCAAUUGAUUGAUAACGCUACAAUCUGUUAUCACGUCGUAAGUCGGAAUUCUACCUUUCUCAUAAUGACGAGACUUCUCACCUGUAAACUUAAUCUGCGUAUUGAAUUACGUCGUGUGAUAAAGAGGGGAAGAAAAGCGUAUGAGAAAAAAAAAUUCCACCGACGCCGUGGAGAAUCUCUGAAACAGGAUUUCACAUUACAAGAGGGAGUACUGUCCCCGGAUACUUCUAAGUAGAUAAAAUAUCCCUUAAGAAAUUGUCACACCCCCAAUAACAAGUUUAAAAAAUUUUUCACAGGUUAUUCAAAACGUAUUUGCCCGGCAGAGGUGAAGAUAUUUGAUUUCAAUCGAACCGUGACAGCUCAAUCAAAUUUCAUAUGGACGUAGGCAUUCAUUAUCCAAGUCUGUAUAAUCCAUACCAUCUUCAUGAGUACCAAUAAGUAAUUCUUGACGAACAAGGCAAUCCUUUGUUAAAAAAAAAAGGUUAAGCAAAAGAUUCGAUAAAGAAGAUCCUUCGAGGAAUCCCGUCCCUUAUCCAGACCACCCCGAACAAGUAUAUUUCCAAGCCUGUAAGGCAUGUGACUACGUGAGUUCCUCUCGGCGCCUAACGUCGUUGUCGUCGUCAUUCUAUAACGUUGCUUACAGUCGCACACUUAUUCCCGCUGACUCCGCGUCGACCAACAGGCUCGACUUGGUAUAUAAGCAGCCGCGGCACAGAACCACCGCAUUCGAAGUAGCGUUGCGACGCGAUUCAGUUCCAUCUUACGUUAACUAGACGAAACAUACCCUACAGUGAUACAAGGUGUAUCCCCCUGGUGUAAAUUAUUCUAAAAAGUAAAUCACAGUGACAUUUCUUUCCAAUUUCAAAACCGUAAUCAUGUGCGUACGUACUGUGACAAACGAGGAACCUAUUAGGACAACCCUGGCCAUGGAGAAUAAUCCUACGAAACUGACCAAGGCCAAGGAAAAGUACAUGAAGCUGCACGAGGAGAUGAUUGAGCGCGAAGAAGCUGAGGCCCUUAGACAAGAGAAGGCUCAGACAUUAUACGUUCCUAGUAUCAACAAUGACAUCCUGGCAAUGAGUACAAUCCAGUAUAGCAUCAUCUUCGACAAGUUCUCUCAGUACUAUUCCGUGUGGCAGCAAUCUAAAACAUACGGCAUCUUGUUUCACACCACACAACCUGCUCAUGUGAUUAUGAUUGCUGCGAUGCUAUGCGUUACAUCUGCAUUGGUACCAACAAAUGAGAAGAAUAAUCCCGGACAUCCUCACUCCAGAACAGCAUCCUUCAUUUAUUUGGCAUCGUUUGUCAUGCAUUUUGGAGCACAGAUUUGGAUGACGUUUAUCUCAGGACUUUCUCUGUACUUUGCACUUCCUAGACAUACGUUUGGAGAGGUACAGCGUAUAUUGUUCCCAAGAUACUUCACAAUAAAUGCCACUCUCAGUCUCACGACGCUUCUCAUAUUCGUCAAGCAUCAUCCAACACACAGCUGGGAUACUGAAAUUGCCGUUCAGAUUGCUGGCAUGUCCCUUGCCUUUUUUCUGGAAUUGGUAAUCCGUUUGUAUCUGACUCCACCAUUACUCAAGCUCAUCCUUGCCAAGAAUGCUCUGGAACGUGCAGCUGGUGUUGGUAACGAAAUUGGCCGCCACAAUCCUGGUCCCUUGAAGCACUGUCCUCACUACCUGAAGAUUCAUCAGGCCUUCAGAAAAGUGCACGUCAGUAUUGCUAUGGGAAAUAUGCUGACAAUGGCGUGCACAGUGUUACACUUGCAUUACAUAGCAAGCAAACUCUGCGUUUUAUAGAGAUAUACUAAAUUAUUAUAGGGUAAAAUCUUUAUGUAAUAUGUAAGGGACCUACAAUGCGUAGCUAAAAUAUCCUUCCGUCGAAGUGACAUGUUGGUUUCGUGUACAGAGAGCCUCCAAAGCAGAGACGUCUUCGAAUAAGACGUCACACGCUUCCCACGCGCAGAGCCGAAUGAAAUAUAAUCUCUGAUGUCUAAUUUUCUUGAUGCAUUAGAUGUUCGCGAAUGGCCAUUCUUACCAUGUAGCGUAUCGGGUCAUUAGGCAUUUAAUGUUUUUUCUUUCCACUUCAAAUUUCCCACGGUUUUCAUAUUAAGUUAGAUUAUGCCCGUUUCCUCCGACGUGGUUUAAGCCUGGUUCAAUUUUUUAAAUAUAGUUUUAAGAUAGGGUAACCAGAGUGUAAACUUCGAUUAACGUCGGGCGAAACGGGCAUUAAUCAGAUACCGUGCUGGUUUUACGAAUCUAUGAACGAAUUUUUCUUUUUCUUACGUUCUAACCAAUUAUUAUGUACAAUGGACCAAGAUUUCCGAUGGGAAUCCCUGAGUCCUAGCAAUUAUUUCUUCCUCCCCUUCUCGUUCAUGUGACUUUGUAUUUUCAAUACUGGAGAAAAGUAUAUAAAAGAAGAGUACGAGUCAUCGAGAAGAGCCUGUGAGAGAAAACUUACACGAAAUUAUAUAUUAUUGACGCAUGAAAAAGAAAGUCUAGUAAAAGAAAAUGGCAAUAUGCGAAAGAAUACUUGCCGUAUAUUUAUACUCAUAUUGAUUCGUUGUUUUCUUAUAUUUUGUUAUAUAAUAAUGUGAGGCUUACUCUGUAUCAGAGUAAUAACGAUGAAAUGUAUUUAUUAAUGUGACGAUCAAAGCUGAAAAAAAUAUUUUUCUCGUGAAAGCGUGAGAGAGAACGCUUAAAAAUCCUAUUAUGGCAAUUUCGAUGGAGCCUUAGUACAGCUAUAUUGAUGUGAAUUUAAAGUUAAUCGACUGAUAUUUAAUUUAUAUGCGCGAACUUCAAUCAUUGCAAAUAUUUCGCUCAUCGCUUAGUUUUACAUUAUAGGUAAUAUUAUUAAAGAAUAAAAUUAUUGCUUUUUUUGUAAAAAAAAAA